UACAUUGUUACACAACACACGAUAGGGUGCACACACAUGUAGACCGGUAGGGUAACCUUUGACCGCUAGCCUUUAUCGCCUUGUCUUUAAUGUUAUGAUCUUCGACAUGGGGAACUCUCUCGCCAAGGCUGCAGCGGUAGAUUUCGGCAUUCAAUGGGCGUGCUGGGCGGUGGCCGCCGUGCUUCAGACGGAGAAGUUUUAUGACCUAGCAGCGUUCUUGGUAGAGGCUCCUAUAGGCUCUGGCACCAUACUGUACCUCGCUCUGCUGUCUCUGAAAUGGAACAAAACCUACUACAAACGACAGCGUGUCGUGUCGUGGUUGGCCGCCACAUGGGGCUUUAGGUUAGGAUUGUUUCUGUUCACAAGGAUUCUGAAAGAAGGACAGGAUCGUCGUUUUAACAAAGUUAGAAAUAAGCCCAGUACUUUCUUUGUCUACUGGACCAUACAAGGUGUAUGGGUACUCGCCACCCUCCUACCUACACUUAUCCUCAAUAACAAGAAGGAGGACAAGCCUCUAACACGACGAGACUAUGUAGGGUACGGCCUAUGGGCCACUGGCUUCCUGUUGGAGACUAUUGCCGAUUAUCAGAAAUCCAGGUUUAGAAGUAACCCCGAUAACCAUAACACUUUUAUAAACCAAGGCCUUUGGCGUAUGGUCCAGUACCCGAAUUACCUGGGGGAAAUAAUGAUGUGGCUGGGGCUAUACCUAUCCUCAUCCUCCGUCCUCAAAGGCUGGGAACACGUGGGUGUACUGUCACCGAUCUUCGUGACGUACCUCCUCACUAACGUCAGUGGCAUUCCCCUGCAACAGCGUUCGGCCAUGAAGAAGUACGGCUCAGAUCCGGCCUACCUGGAAUACCUCAAGUCUACACCAAAACUUCUACCUUUUAUCUGGUGAUGUGCAAUACACGAAAUGAACAAUUAUUGUUUUAUUUGUGACUGAAAUAUCUUGGACAUUACGUGUAUGGACUCUAUGUAUAGUUCACAUAAAGUGUGAUUAUUUCAAAUGCAUUUACUACGGGAAAAGUGAUAGUGCUAUAAAGCGGAUGGUGAAAUAAUACUUCCAAAAAAUCAAAGGUGGAUUUUGAAUACUGGAUUUAUCACCUGUCGAGGUCAAAUCUGUGUCAUAGAUAAAUUGACUUUAUCAAUCGGCCGUGUAUCCCGUUAUCUAUGUAACAUUUCAGGGAUGAACUCACAACUUAAUAAUACAAAGGUUGUAGUAUGUUACAUUAAACAAACAUCUAUACCUCGAUUGUUCAAUGUAAAACAACCUCAGCGAUCUAUAUCGAAUGUAUUUAAUAUGUCAUAUAGUAUAUACUUUGUGAAAUAGUGUUAUUUUGUUGAAUUUCACAAUCUAUACAUUAAAUUUUGAUAAUACA